CAUCCUCCGCAACUCGCUAUGGCCAGCUACAGGGAACGCCAACAUCCGCUGCCGCUGCUGCUCCUCUGCCUCUCGCUGGCCACUUGGCGGGCGCCUUUGGUCAGUGGCUAUCUGAACAUUUUCAUCAGCCACCACGAGGUGAUGAAACUGAUGGGACUCGAGGCGGAUCUGUUCUACGUGCACGAGGGAUCCAUUAACACAUACGCGAUGCACUUCACCGUCCCGGUGCCCGCGGACGUGCACGAGCUGGAGUUCUCCUGGCAGAGCCUCAUCGCCUAUCCGCUUCCCUACGCCAUCAGCAUCGAGUACGCCAACGACCAGGACGCCCUGGGCACCCCAACACUCAGCAUCCCCCACAAGGGCCUGGUGCCGCAGGAGAUCGAGUCCUUCCUGGUGUACCUGCCAUGCACGGGCAACGCCAGCCUCCAGCUGCCCGUCAACGUCAACAUGGUGGUGCGAGGACCCCCGCGCUUCAACGACACCAGGCUCCACUUCAAGCGCAACAAGAUCUGUGCCAAGGGCAUCUCACCCGAACCGAACCAAUCGCCAGCCCCCGCCCACGCCCCCUCCCAGGGCCCUGCCCUGCUGAGUGCCGCAGCCUGUGCUCUCGGCCUGGUCCUGGCCGUGGGCCUCGUGGCCAGCAUGAUGUAUUUGCGGGCUCGCAAGCAGCUUCGCCAGGACUCGCUGCAUACGAGCUUCACCACCGCGGCCUAUGGCAGCCACCAGAACGUGUUCAUCCGCCUCGACCCGCUCGGACGGCCACCGAGUGCCACUGGCUCCUACGCGACCAUCGCCAGCCUCAACAAAUACCCCGGGGAGACGAAGAAGUCGUGCAGCAUAUUCGACCGUUUCCGCAGCUCCCCCGUUCCGACGCCCUACGCCACCGCACUGCUCCCGAUGGGGGACCAGACGCAGACCGGAGAAACAAUCUACUCGAAGCCAGAGUCGAUCUGUCCCUCGAGGAUAUCCUACUACGCCUCCUCGCAGCUGACCCAGCCCUGCAGCAUGUCCACUCCGAAGAGCAGCCGUGGCAUUGGUGGCAGUGGCAGCCUCUUUGGGGGUUUCGUCAACGGUGGCAGCACCAUCACCAUGGCCAGUCACAGCGAGAAGACCAAGGACCGACUGCGCCGCAUUCCGAGUGUCCAGCCGGGUGCCCUCAGCUACGAGCAGCUGGUCAAGGAGGGCACCUUCGGACGCAUCUACGCCGGCAAGCUGGGCGACUCGUGUGACGCUCUGGUGAAGACUGUCAUCGAUGGGGCAUCGCUCACACAGGUGGCUUGCCUGCUGCAGGAUGCCUCGCUGCUGAUCGGAGUCAGCCACCAGCACAUCCUGGCCCCGCUGCUGGCCAACACCGAGUUGCCCGGCCCGCCCGAGAUUGCCUAUCCCUAUCCGUCCAAGGGCAACCUAAAGAUGUACUUGCAAAAAUCACGAGAGUCCAGCACUGCGCUAAGCACCCGACAGCUGGUGGAGUUCGGGCUGCACAUCACCAAGGGAUUGGCCUACUUGCACUCACUGGGGAUCGUCCACAGAGACAUUGCCACACGCAAUUGCUAUGUGGACGAGGAGGCGUACGUGAAGAUCUGCGAUGGCGCCCUGUCGCGGGACCUCUUCCCGGACGACUAUGACUGCCUGGGCGACAACGAGAACCGGCCACUGAAGUGGCUCGCGCUGGAGGCGCUGCAGAAGAAGGUGUACGGGUCGCAGGGCGACGUCUGGUCCCUGGGCGUGCUCUACUGGGAGCUGGUCACCCUCGCCCAGAUGCCGCACGAGGAGGUGGACAUAUUCGAGCUUACCAAUUACUUGGCUGCCGGCUUCCGGCUGGAGCAGCCCGUCAAUUGCCCCGAUGAAUUCUUUACCGUUAUGAACUGCUGCUGGCACUGCGAGGCAAAGCAGCGGCCCACGCCCUCACAGCUGCUCUCGUAUCUGCAGGACUUCCAUGCGGACCUAGGCAUGUACAUCUGAAUCUGAAUCUGAAUCUGAAUCUCAAACCGAGCAGUAAGCCGGGGGAUUGAUGCUGGAUGCGUCAUAAGUGCUGUUCAAGGGUUGGCCCGGGGGCGAAACCCAAGAUACUCGUAAAAUAAUUGAAAACUUUUACAUUUUAAAUGUGAGAGAUUAAAUGCGAAUUUUCCUGUACGAGUUCGGGCACGCAAAAACCAAUUAAAACAGAAGCCAGCUAACUUCAGAUACGUAAGCAGAACAGAUACGAAAUAACACAGAUAGAAAUGCAGGUGCAGAUACAGACAGGCAGACACACGCACGUAGUAGGAAAACAAUAGAGUUUUGUGGAUAUCAAUUCCACCAUUCGUUGACAUCAGCCCGAAAGAAUGCUAAGGCAAUAGCUGCAGGUGUAUUGAGGGUGAGAUAAGAUUGAGCAUUUAAGUAGAUAGAAAUUGAAUAACUUCAAGAAAACACACACACACACACACACACAUACAAGGGUAAACAAAUAAACAAAUCGGUAAAUGAUAAAUGAUAUAUGGAUAUGUGUAUGAUAAAUGAAUGUGAAUUAUUGAUGUGCAUAUUUUAUUGAAUGUGUAAUAUACGUAAGCAAACGUCCUGGAAAAGAGAGCAGAGAGAGGAGAGCGUACAGUGUAAGACAGAGAGAGAGAGAGAGAGGGAGAGAGAAAGAUGGCAACAGAAUACAGAAUCUUUUGUUCUCAAAAUGUUGUCCUCAAUUGUUAAAAUGCGAUAUAUUUAUUUACCUUGAUUAUAAUAAUUAUUAUUAGUAUGGCUAUUGAGUAUUUGAUGAUGUAUUGUACCAUAACGGGAAGUUCAAAACAGUACCAGAAAUCAGGUGAAAGAGCACAAGAGCAACUGUUACGUGGAUCGCAAUGGAUUAAUGGCAGGAGUCAGUCAGGGGCGUGACCAUUGCGAUGGCCAAACAAUGAUAGCACACCCACACACACAGGCACACAGAGAGCACACACAGAGAGAGAGACGAGGCGGCAUGCAGCACACUUCAUUCACACCUCACUUUUUCACCACUCAGCCGAUAUCGCACUUUCGAUUCAUUUCGAUUUAUCCUUCGCUGUCAAAUUAUUUUUGUACUGACUCUGCGAGUAGUAGGGGGACUUGAACUGCAUUUCUUAGGCCUAGCUACGAAUUCCCUAGCUUAAGAUGUUCUUGUUGUUAGGUUUGUGACUUUUAGUUGAAUUUGUCAGGAAUUGUUUCUGUUUCUAUUUCUGUUUUAUCUAGAUUUACGUCCUUACAUCUGUAUAUUAAUUUGCCUUUUUGUUUAGCCAAGAAUAGAGGCAACUAAAAGUUGCCACACCAAUCCCCAAAGCCCUGGCUAAUCGCAGGGCUAUUCCUAGAAGAAAAAAAUAGCCAUAAAAAACGUAGUUUAAAUGUUGAAUGUCACAAAAAUGUCACUAAAAUGGUACAGUCCAAGCACGGACACAGCACACCACAAGAUAACUAAGGAAGAAAUAGCAAAUAAAUCCCAAGACAACUGCUUGCUUUUUCAUCUACGAGUAGUUAUUUAAGCUCUCUAUAUGGUUUAUUCUUAAGCUUCGCACUUGAAAAUGAUAACGAAAAUGUUACUAAGGCAAUUACCGAACACGGCACGGCACUACUAUCUCUCCAUUUACGAAUAAUAUACACAAACAAACACACACAAAAUAACAAUUACAUACACACAUACGUAUGUACAGACUAUGUGUAUCCCGGUUGCUGCCAGGCAGCACUAGCUCAUCCCCACCCCACCCACACACACACAUACACAGCUACAUGCAUAGAUAUCCUACGAAAGCAAACAAAUUUUAUAUAGAUAAUAGAGCAAACGAGAGAGAGAGAGAGAGAGAGAGAGAGAGAGAGAGAGAAGAGAGAGGGGAGAAGACAGUGCGCUCUUAAAUCAUCUCUGAAUUCUUCACUGGUAGGGGUAAGGAAGAGGAGAUAGAGGAGCUGCCAACUACUAUAACUAACUGAAUGUGUUUCAUGUUUAUCUAAUAUAUGUAUGUAUGUACGUAUGUACAUAAAUAUGUAUGUAUGUAUUUAUGUAUGUAUGUGUAUGUGUGUCUAUAUCUUUAAACGUCUAUUUUGUCGUCUAAUUGAAUAAUAACUGUAAACGCUAUUAAAGCAAAACGAAUGGAAAGGAGAAGGCGAAGGCGAAUAAGAAAAUGGAAAGAGCCCAAAGCACACACUAGCACACUCUACACAGACACACACACACGCACAUCUCACACUCUCAGAUAUACACAGAUAUACACUCUGGGAAACUCAUUUACAUGUGUUGCCCGCCCCCAAAGGGAUAACAAAUUGUCAUUCACUAUGUCUAUGUCUCACUCCUUAACUCUUUAUAUAAAUGUAUCUCCGUAUCUGUCUAACUUUAGAUAUACUCUCUAUACCGUAUGAUUGCAUGUGAAAAAGCAAAACCAAAAGCAAAUACCAGACUUAAGCGUAUUCAGAAAAUAUUUGCUAAAACAAAUACACGACACUUAAACACCGCCCAGGCCCACAGUGCCAUCACCAUUCCCAUUAAUCUGCACUAUCCGAAGAGUCUAGUCUCUGAUGGAUGGUUUGAUGGCUGGGUAUGGGUGUGGGUGUGGCACUAGUGGCCAGAACGCAUAACGAAAAGCGCUGAGCCACACUGAGGCAACUGAAAGAAACAGAAAUUCAAUUUUUGUGAAACGAGAGCAAGUUAAGUUAAGUAAAGCGAAAGCGAAAGCUAAGGCGGAGGCGAUGAGCGAAAAACUAAGAACUAAGUAAAUAAAUAAA